UUUCCUCUUCCAGGACUUCAAGAGUGCGCGGAGAGCGCACCGCGGGCCGCUCACUCCUUGGGAGUCAGUUGGCGCCUGGCCCUGACUACCUGGUGCCGGGCACUCUCAGGUGCAGGAGGAACGGGCCAGGUGGAGACCCUCAAGGCUCGCCCCCGCCCCCCCCGCCGGCACCCCUCUCCCCACUCCGCCCUGCGCCUGCGCCGCCAUGGGGUCGUCCCGUGGAGGCUGUGCGCACGUGGGCUCCAGCUCACCUGCCCGGAGCCGGGGUGCGUGCCGCGGGCACAGGAGGGCUCGGGGCUUGCCAGAGCUGCAGAAGAGUCCCUACGGAAAGGCGAGAUGGAGACUGGGGCGCAGAUCUCUGGACUGAGUGCCUCUGAGGACGAAGGCCCCCUUUCAGAGACGAGUCCACUGCCCUUGAGAAGGGUCCUGCAGCACAGCACCCUGGAGGAAGCCGCGCUUAGUGAGCACAGGCAGUCUCUGGGCUGUGUCCCCUCCCCAUUGCCUGCAUGCGCUUCCUGGGACCUCCCAUCCCAGCAGCCAGGGCUCAGCCCCAAAGCUGCCCUCCAAGAGGGGCAGCCUUCUAAUAUCUGGGCCUCUGGGGCAUCCAGUGGGUUGGUAGGGCCGGACCGGGACCCCUGGGCUCCUGAGGAGGACAUGCCCACACCAGCCUCGGGCGCCUGGCUAUGGGCACAUAAAUGUUGCCCAGACUUCAAGAGUGCGCGGAGAGCGCACCGCGGGCCGCUCACUCCUUGGGAGUCAGUUGGCGCCUGGCCCUGA